AUGACAAGUCGAUUCAAAGUUGUGCUGGAAAGGCUUGAAGAGGCACAGAAAGACUUGGCUAAUAUUGAGACGCGAAGCCCAGCUCUCAACUUGGAAUACAUGAAAAACCAGUGGGCUAGACAAAAAGAAAUGCAGGCGCAAAUUAUCAGUGAGACCGCUGAAGAUAAACGGGAGCAGAACCUAGUAUUGAUUGAGCUUGAAGAGGACAUGCUAGAGGCUUGUCGCAGAGUGGAAGCCAUAUCUGCAAAGCGACCCCAAAUGCGGACAGGCGCUGUGCGGGCAGAGCUGCUUGAUCUCCCCCAAACAUUGAUCGCACUCGAGCAGAAAGUGCAGGACUUGGCGGACGAACUAGGAUCUGAUGAGUUCUUACACCUCACAGGGACAUCAGAUUCCCAGUCCAAGCUCUUACUGAUGGUGCGCUUGUCAAAGUCAAAGCUUUACGAGGCCAAGGUGGGGGUUAUUGAAAACCAGAGACAAGCAGCUUUAAAUACAGGCAAUGUGCAAGCCGAGUCAAGGCUCUUGUACUUGGGUCUAGUGCGAUCAUUGGGUCGGUUAUGGAUGACAUGGAGCAAUGGUUUAAGGAGCAUGCUUGAAAGCACAUCAAUGUACUUUGCGGACAGUCAUAUUGUGGAUGUGGCCCUUCUAACUCAAUGGGAGGAGAUGUGUUUGAAGAGCGCGAUGGAGUGGGCAGCAAUAGUAAAUUUACCAAGUUUGAUUGCAGAGGCCGCGGAGGAAGAUGAAGAUGUUCUUGAAGAUGUUGCAGAUGUUGCGGACGUGUUUUAA